AUGGGGAUCGCACGCGACAUGACAGACACCAUAGAAGACAUACCGGUAUCACAGGAUGCAAAGACACUCGUUCCAUUGUCAUUGAGUCUAGUGGCAAAGAAGGAGAGGAUCUUACAGAUGGAGGUUACCAAGCUCGAGAAGAUGCUUGUUCAACGCAACGAGAUGCUUUCCAAACUACAAGAAAACCACGAGUAUCUGCUCAUGACAAAUGGACAGCUACAAGCAAGAAGGUGCUUACAUCGUGAGAAGCUCGUAUCGCUAAAAAUGCUACUAGAUGCAUACACAGCAACAGAUGGAGUCAAAUUCAAAAGUCAUCUCAGCGACGCUAUUGGAAUGAAUGAGCUCGAUGCUACGGCUGAAAAGUGUGGCGUGCUGAAGGACAUUUUGCUUGGACUGGUAGACAAGCAUGUUGGACUGGAGCAACGAUGCAUGGGGAUUGAAGAGCAGACGUCUAGAGAGACAUUGGCUCUUAUAUCAAAGAACGAACAAUUGAAUGAAGCUCGAAGCACUCUUGACCUUCUACACGAAGAUAUUCGCUCAACUCAAUGGAACUUUGAGUAUGAUCAAGCUGAACUUGCUGAAGAAGACAAGCGUCUUCACAUUGCUAGCCAAAGUGGGCAGCAUGAGGCAGCAAUGGCGGAAAAAGUCGACACUGCUUUGCAGAGUGGAAAGAGCGCGGUUGAAGAUUUGCAGAUAAUCUGGCAAAACGAUGAAGGCAUGAUCCAUGAAGAACACCGCCAGCUUGCAAUUGCAAACGAAAGUGCGAUAAGUGAACAGCGAAAACUGCAGAUGUUGCUUGAAAGCAACGGGGCGACGUGCCCGGAUGAUGAGGAAGUUUUGCAGUUAGCCAAGGAUUUUCAAUCACGGUUGCAGCAUGUCAACGAGGAAGUGACUAGUGCCAAAUUUGUCAGACGAGAGCUAGCUCUACGAAAGAAACAAGAAAAGGAAUGGCUGGCCUUUACACUUUCUAGUAUCAAGGCAAAGGACGAACAGCUAACUUGGCUAGAGUGUCAACGCGUUCACCUCGAAAAUGAGCAAAAAGAAGCAAAAAUGGCACACGCAUCUGAAGAAAUCACUUAUCAGGCAUUUCUUAAAGAACACAAAGCAUCAGUGACUUCGUGUGAAAACCAAAUUAAAGAUGCUGAAAUACUACUGAAGACGACUGAGCGUGCCAUCUCCGCCCGCAAUAAGAAUUUGACAGCUGUCAACAAGAAGCUUGCUCAAAAGACAAAGGUGCUCGCUGAAUGGAAGUCAAAAAUUGCCACAAAUCAGGAGCAAGUGGUAAAAUCUGCAGCUACCAAGAAGCUUGUGGAUGCUGAAAUUCUGGCAGUACAAAAUGCAUUGGAGCAAGCCUCCCUGAAUGUUGAACGCACUCAGCAGCUCCGAACUACACAAGAUAUGGAGUCUGAAAAACUGCGUUCAUCCUGCGCUGUGUUGGAGUCUGAAAUUCAACAGAUACACAAAGUGUUGGCAAUGCUAAAGGAUGAUACUGCAGCAGCACAAACUGCCGUAAAAAACCGUAUCGACGAAAUACGCGACAAGUUCUUGAGCACCUUUGUCGUUGACGAUGCUAACAUUUUGAUUGAGCUGCUCAACAAGGAGAUUGCAAAUUGGGCAACGAAAGACGCCGACGAAAUAGUUUGUGAUGCGAUUGCCAGCGAGACAAAAAUGCUAAAGCAAAGAUACGAUGAUCUGUCGGCCGCCGCGCGCAAAAAAUAUGGCAAGAUUUUGUCACAAAAGGAAAAACAAUACAACGCAAAAUUAAAAAUGCUGAACGCUCAGACCGCGGAGAAGAGAGAAAAGCUUGCAGCUGUCUCCAUGACGUGCAAUAAUAAACGCACGGGCAAGACAGCUAUAAUGAAGAAACCAGCUCGCGAGAAUCCUUCGUUGCCUUUGUCUGCGACAGGCCAUAACCCUGAAGCGGAUGACGGCUCAGAAAUUGCACCAACUGAAGACGGUGUGGGUAACAACGAGGGCGAGAACCAAGACGCUGACCCGCUAUGGAACGAGCGCUCAAGCAACGAUACCACUACCACCAAGGUUGUUCCAGUUGUCACGAAAAGUUCUUCAAAGCUGACGCAAGAAAAGACGAAAAUAGUGCAGAAGCUAGCUUUGAAGUCUGCGCGGCGCCAACUUGCGCCUGGAUUAAAUUUGGUGGAUGAGUCGCCACAGACUGACAAAGAGCUGACAGACAUCUUCACCACCGACUCCACAACUGUGAUAGCGGCAACGAAGGCAAUUUAUCCCAGUAAUGAAACCAUCUCGAAGCAAUGCAGACGAAACGAUACUACUGGAGCACGUCAACCUCGAUUGAAGCGGCGCACACCAGCGCAGAAAGCGGGAAAAUCAGUGAAGACCGCAAGUAUUACACCGGAAGCUGCACUUCCUGCCAAUAAUGUAGGCAGCGUUUCCAGCACUCAGUCAGAUCAUGCCGUGCAAUUAUCAAGCCAAGGAUCUCUCUAUUCUCCAAUCGGCUGCGACGAUGAUCUUGAGGUAUCACAAUCUGCAGGCGAUGUUGGUCUGACAAAGCAGACGUCCGAUACAGCAGUGCCCUUCACGACAAGCCAAGCUGACGCUAAAAAGCCACAGCUACAAAAGCAGGUGGGCCAGUCCAACAAAAACGUCGUCAAGCGUCGCACGUCGACGAAGGUUACGCAACGAUCGCGUCAAUCCAAGACGAAGAAAGUCAACCGCGUUUCUAUUGGCCGCUCGCAAGCUAGUACCCGCACCGUGGAUUGGUCCGCUGCUGAUUCUUUCUCGUUUGAGUGA